AUGAGAUCCGACAUUGAGAGGCGCUGGUCGGGUCGCCACAUGCAGCAGGACCUGAUGAUGGAGUACCUACAGAACAGGAUACUGCAGAAGUUCAGUCGCCAUGAUCUGGGCAAACGGUAUGCCAGCAGGUCUCUGUGUUGCAGCUCCUCCACGACCAUCAUUAGAGGCGACUGCACUGACACCACCCCCAACAGCUCAGGUAGGAAGGGGUGCGGCCCCAGGCCCGACACGAAGGAAGCGAAACCCAAAAAUUGCUGCUUAUCACCGCUGUUUGCUGUGCCUGAGGAAGAUGAACUCUAUGGGGAGUACCAAGAGAACCAGGGAGGCUCCGGCAGACGGGAGGCCACGCGCCUGCUGACAGAGAGACAGAUCAAGAAACAUGGCAGCCAUCCCCGCAGCCACGGCAGGACGCGACAUGGCCGGCGUAGCCACGGUCAAAAUGGAUACCACGGCCGCCAUCAGCACGGCUACCACAGCCGCCAGAGGAACAGGAAGCAGAGCAACAUGGAGGCAGAAGGUGACGAGCAGGAUGAGCAAACGGCUCAACCUGACCUCACGUCCUCUGUGAAGAAGAAACGGUCUUACUCCAAAUGUCGGGACUGCAUAGCACGGGUGCAGCGAUUCCUUGUGACCAGGUUGGGAGAAGACUGGAUCUUUCUCGUUCUGCUGGGCAUCACUAUGGCGCUGGUCAGCUGGACUAUGGACUACGCCAGCGCAAAGAGCCUGCAAGCCUAUAAAUGGAUCUAUGUGGAACUGAAGGGGAACAUCCCCCUGCAGUACAUGGCCUGGGUUUCAUAUCCCCUGAUCUUCAUCCUGUUCUCCUCCUUCUUCUGUCACCUGGUCUCUCCUCAAGCUAUCGGUUCUGGCAUCCCAGAGCUGAAGACCAUCCUGAGAGGAGUGGUGCUAAAGGAAUAUUUAACUCUUAAGGCCUUUGUUGCCAAAGUCAUUGGUCUGACUGCUGCCCUGGGCAGCGGGAUGCCUGUAGGCAAAGAGGGCCCGUUUGUUCACAUCGCCAGUAUCUGUGCUGCAGUUCUCAGCAGGUUCAUGUCCAUCUUCUCAGGAGCUUAUCAGAAUCCAUACUGUUACACAGACAUCCUGACAGUGGGCUGUGCUGUUGGGGUGGGCUGCUGCUUUGGUACCCCACUAGGAGGUGUGCUCUUCAGUAUAGAGGUAACAUCCACAUACUUUGCUGUGAGAAACUAUUGGAGAGGAUACUUUGCUGCUACAUUUAGUGCCUUCAUAUUCAGAGUGUUGUCCGUGUUCAACAAAGACGCAGUAACCAUCACUGCUCUGUUCAGGACAAACUUCCGCAUGGAUUUUCCUUUUGACCUGCAGGAGCUGCCAGCAUUCGCCAUCAUUGGGAUCUCCUGUGGGUUCCUGGGGGCGUUCUUCGUCUAUCUCAACAGACAGGUGGUGCUGUUCAUGAGACGACCCAACGCCAUGACGCGCUUCCUCAUCAAACACCGGCUGAUCUUUCCUGCUGUAGUAACGCUGGUCAUCGCCACCUUGACCUUCCCACCCGGGUUCGGACAGUUUAUGGCGGGAGAGCUGAUGCCAAGAGAAUGCAUCAACUCCCUUUUUGACAACUUUACGUGGACAAAGAUUUCGGGAUCUCCUCCUCCGGCCGGUCUGGGCCGCUCCGCCGCCUGGCUGCACCCUGAUGUCAGCGUCUUCCUCAUCCUGCUGCUCUUCUUAUUCAUGAAGUUCUGGAUGUCUGCUGUGGCGACCACCAUGCCCAUUCCAUCUGGAGCUUUCAUGCCUGUCUUCAUACUAGGAGCUGCGUUCGGCCGGCUGGUGGGGGAGAUCAUGGCCACCCUGUUCCCUCAUGGCAUCGUGUUCGAUGGCAUCCUGUACCGCAUCAUCCCCGGAGGCUACGCAGUCAUUGGAGCGGCAGCUUUGACCGGGGCCGUGACUCACACGGUGUCCACGGCGGUUAUCUGCUUUGAGCUGACAGGCCAGAUCUCCCACAUCCUGCCCAUGAUGGUGGCAGUAAUCCUGGCCAAUAUGGUGGCCCAGGGCCUGCAGCCCUCCCUGUACGACUCCAUCAUCCAGGUCAAGAAGCUGCCGUACCUGCCCGAGCUCGGCUUUGGACACAUGAGCCAGUACAACAUCUUUGUGGAAGACAUCAUGGUGAGAAAAGUCAAGUUUGUGUCGUCUCAGUCAACAUACAGAGAAGUCAAACUCCUGCUGGACUCCUCCUUAAUCAGUUCAAUCCCUCUGGUCGACUCCAAAGAUUCUAUGAUCCUGUUGGGCAGCAUUGACAGGUUGGAGCUUCUGGCUCUCUGUGAUUGGUGGUUGUCACCAGACAGAAGGCUCCUGAUGGAGGGCCAGAGCCUACAGGAGAGGAACCAGUCUCAGAAACACAGCUGGGAGUCCUUUGCCUUCGUAGAUGAGGAGGGAGAGGAGGAGGGAGAGAAGGGCAGCCCGGUGCAGGAGGAGAGGAAUGGCCCCCUGCCUCCUCCAAAACCUCAGGAGCCUUCCUCAAACCACACUGCUCCUGUCCCUGGUCCUCUACAGUCUGUGAGGCAAACACUCAGGAAUCUCUUCACCUCUAAGGACAGGCAGACGGAGGGACAGUCGCAGGAGCCCUGUCCACCUCCCCUGUCAGACACAAUGACACCAGAGGAGAUCAAAGCGUGGGAAGAGGCAGAGAUGGACAAGCCGAUGGAAAUCGAUGAGAUACGAGUAGACCCUUCCCCUUUCCAGCUGGUUGAGAGAACAUCAUUGCACAAGACCCAUACCUUAUUCUCCCUGCUGGGGCUGAGCCAUGCUUACGUCACCAGUAUUGGCAAACUGGUGGGAGUGGUGGCGCUGAAAGAGCUCCAGAAGGCCAUCGAGGGCUCCACCCGCUCCGGUGUCCGGCUCCGUCCUCCUCUCGCCAGCUUUCGCGACAUCAGCAACCACAAAUCAGUCCCUAAACCUUCAUCUUCUUCUUCUUCUACCGCUGCCCCUUCCCCUCCGUCCUCCACCUCCUCCCCCCCGGCUCUCCCCGCCGCCCUGCCCCCCCUCUCCUCCCCCCCUCACCACCCUCUCCACUACCACGAGAAUGAAACGGAGGUGUGGAUCGAGGGCGUGACCAUGGAGGUGGAGGAGAGCAGCAGCGGCGGCGCUAGCGGCGUUAGCGGCGUUAGCGGCAGCUCAGCCAGCGACAACAGCAACCUCACCCCCCCUCCCUCCACCACUCCUCCACCUGUCCCUUCCUCCUCCUCUCCUCCUCCUCCUCCUUCUCCUCCUCCCCCCUCCAUCCCUCCAGCCUUACAGAGACUCUUUGAGGGGGAUGAAGACAGUGAUGAUGAGCCAAUGGUUUAGAUUAGACAGGAGUGAUGGUUAUGUUUUUUAUAAUGGAAAACUUUUUUAAUGGUGUGAGUUUUUUUCUUCUGUUCUUAAUUUGUUGCUCCGGUCUUUGGACACCCAUUUACCUCUUUUUUUUUUCGUCGGCACUUUGGUAGAGCAAAGAUUUGAAAGCAAACGGUGUGUUUGCUUGAAGCUAGGCAUAUUUUCUAUUUAUUUGAGGACAGUUUAUCCCAGCCUUACCCACUCUGUCUGCUCCUUUAAUAGUCCCCAGCCCUCCCCGACGUCUCCCUCUUUACUUAAUACACAAAGCUCUCUCUGUGGAUGUUUUGAUACCUGUCCUUCCUCGCUCUCUCCUCAUUGUCUCUUUCUUGUUUAUUUUCCCACGCACAGUCUCAAGGGUUCAACCAAUAUGUGUUCUAUACCUGAGGCUAAAGUCGCCGCCAAUAUCUGCUCUUUUUGAUUUUUAUGCUUAAGAACGGGCUGUCAUUCAGGAUUAUUUUCCUUUUCAGGGGAUUAUAGCAUCUAAAGCAGCAUUAAGACAAUUAUGAUAACCAAAAAUCACCACUGAAAAACAAAUUGCUUCACUGUCGGUGGCUGUUUAAAACAAGAGUCAUCUUAAAUAUAAUGUACUGUUGAGAUUUAGCUUCAUCCCACUUUGAAUUGUAAUUGAUUAGACACAUCUGAUUUUCAGCACAACAUAUUUUUAUUUGGUAACACU